UAUAUAAACAAAUGGAGGGUAAACAUUAAAUUCAUCAUUAGUGGUUACCUCUCAUGGCAUGGGGAAGAUUGUAUGAUCAAAGAAAGAUAACAAAGGUGCAUUGUUUAACGAUGUGGUUUUAAAUCUUAAAUUGGGAGGUGAGGACACAGACAUUUAUUAUACUUUUCUAUUUAUCUGUAAUAUUUCAAGAUAAUUUUUUUUAAGUAAUACAACUCCAUGCUUAAAUUUACGUCACCUCUGUCAGCCUCCUUAUGGAGAGAUAUCCAAGGGACGGUCUGUUGCCAUGGUGAUGAGCUUGCCUGGUGUCAAGGAGCUUUCUUUGCAUCCCAUUCUGGGCUAGGAGGCAUUCCAGGAUGAUCACCCCGAGCGGCUGCUGGAACAUUCCCCUGGAGAUGAGUGAUUCAUGUAGAUGAACUACCAGGUGCCUCCCCCAACUCCCCAUUCUUUGAAGAGUAGGUUGGGCGGCUGCGGGAGCUGAGGGGUCUGGGCCAGGCCAUGUGCCCCCCCUCCCAGCACAGCUGAUGGUGUGAGACCUGCCAAGUCAUCCUUCCCCUUGCCCACGUGGCCUUGACAGAUGCACAGAGACAGGACACGAACAGGCCGUAUGUUAGAAAGAUGAUGCAGCAGGCCUUGACUUGUUAGUUGCAAAUAAAUGGUUGUCGACCUGAAUAAAUGAGCUUGAAAUUUAAGGGCAGCAAAAUGAAUUAGUCAAUGUCAGCAGAACUGGGAUUAGAACCCUGGUGUCCUGACUCUCCAGUGAAGGUGACUUCAGGCAUGUGGCUUGACCUCCCCUGCCCCCACUUCUGCAUCUGUAAAGUAGGGGGUGCUAAAUGGCACUGAGGGUUUAGCACUAGGAGUCUACAUUCCAAACAAGCAACCAGGUAGUUCUUAAGCACUCUGGAGUUUGAGAACCACUGCUUGUGGCCUCCCUACUUAUAAAAAUUGUAAAAGCCUCCAGCUAUGUAUUUAGGAAAAUUCCAUCUUCCUUUAUUCUCACCACUUCAAAUAAUUCAAACUUCUAAAUUCCUCACACAUCAGCAAGCCAUAAUGAAUAACCCAGGUUUCCUUCCUUCCGUCUGCUGAGACCCACCUGCAGGAACUUUCUCCUACCUUCAAAGUCAUUGGAGGCCCAGUGAGGAGCUUAGCUGAAAGCUCCUUAAAGUCAUUGGUCAUUUGGAGAAGCAUCAAAAGUGAGACCUGAGAAGCAAGUGAGACAUUCAAGCAACAAAAUCCACCCAAGUCCCAGCAAACAGCUGAAGAGGGCAACCCUCCGCUGCCAAGUUGGCAACAGAUAGCAGGAGCCACGUGCACGCACACACAUGCUUGCCCCAGCUAAACCAAGAAUGUGCUGGCCAAAGCCCUCUACGACAAUGUGGCUGAGUCCCCGGAUGAGCUCUCCUUCCGCAAGGGUGACAUCAUGACCGUGCUGGAGCGGGACACGCAGGGCCUGGAUGGCUGGUGGCUCUGCUCACUGCAUGGGCGCCAAGGCAUCGUGCCCGGGAACCGCCUCAAGAUCCUGGUGGGCAUGCAUGACAAGAAGCCAGCAGGGCCUGGCCCCGGCCCACCCGCCAGCUCAGCCCCGCCCCAGCCCGGCCUCCAUGCUCCCGCUGCCCUGUACACACCCAUGCUGCCCGCGGCGUACCCAACCCAGCCCGACAGCGUCUACCUGGUGCCCACCCCCAGCAAGACUCAGCAAGUUCUCUACCAAGCCCCCGGACCCAGCCCACAGUUCCAGUCUCCCCCAGCCAAGCAGACAUCCGCGUUCUCCAAGCAGAUGCCCCAUCACCCGUUUCCCAGCCCAGCCCCAGACCUUUACCAAGUGCCCCCAGGGCCUGGCAGCCCUGCCCAGGACAUCUACCAGGUGCCACCUUCCGCUGGGAUAGGACACGACAUCUACCAGGUCCCCCCAUCCAUGGACACACGCAGCUGGGAGGGGACGAAACCACCAGCCAAGGUGGUGGUGCCCACCCGAGUGGGGCAAGGCUAUGUGUUUGAGGCCUCCCAGCCAGAGCAGGACGAGUACGACAUCCCGCGCCACCUGCUGGCCCCAGGGCCCCAGGACAUCUAUGACGUGCCCCCUGUUCGGGGGCUGCUUCCCAGCCAGUAUGGUCAAGAGGUAUAUGACACACCCCCCAUGGCUGUCAAGGGUCCCAAUGGUCGGGACCCAUCACUGGACGUGUAUGAUGUGCCCCCCAGUGUGGAGAAGGGCCUGCCACAGUCCAACCACCACGCAGUCUAUGAUGUUCCUCCAUCGGUGAGCAAGGACGUGCCCGACGGCCCACUGCUGCGUGAGGAGACCUAUGACGUGCCCCCUGCCUUCGCCAAGGCCAAGCCCUUUGAUCCGACCCGCCACCCACUGGUCCUUGCUGCGCCCCCUCCAGACUCACCACCAGCGGAGGACGUGUAUGACGUGCCACCUCCAGCUCCUGACCUCUACGAUGUGCCCCCUGGCCUGCGGCGGCCUGGCCCUGGCACCCUGUACGAUGUGCCCCGAGAGCGGGUUCUUCCUCCUGAGGCUGCUGACGGCAGUGUGGCCGACGACGGGGUGUACGCGGUGCCCCCGCCAGCUGAGCGAGAGGCCCCGGCCGAUGCCAAGCGCCUGUCGGCCUCCAGCACGGGCAGCACACGCAGCAGCCAGUCGGCCUCCUCCCUGGAGGCGGCAGUGCCCGGCCGUGAGCCCCUGGAGCUGGAAGUGGCCGUGGAGGCCCUGGCACGGCUGCAGCAGGGCGUGAGCACCACCGUGGCCCACCUCUUGGACCUGGCAGGCAGUGCUGGUGGGUGUGGGGGCUGGCGCAGUGCCCCUGAACCUCAGGAGCCCCCAGUACAGGACCUGCGGGCUGCCGUGGCUGCCGUCCUCGGGGCCGUCCACGAGCUGCUAGAGUUUGCCCGCAGCGCCGUGGGCAACGCUGCCCAUACUUCUGACCGCACGCUGCAUGCCAAGCUUAGCCGGCAACUGCAGAAGAUGGAGGACGUGUACCAGACGCUGGUGGCCCAUGGUCAGGCUCUUGACAGUGGCCGGGGAGGCCUGGGGGCCACCCCUGAAGACGUGGACCGCCUGGUGGCCUGCUCUCGGGCUGUGCCCGAGGAUGCCAAGCAGCUGGCCUCCUUCUUGCAUGGCAAUGCCUCGCUGCUCUUCAGACGGACCAAGGCCCCUGUCUUGGGGCCCGAGGGGGGUGGCCCCCUGCACCCUAACCCCAUUGACAAGACCAGCAGCAUCCAGUCCCGGCCCCUGCCUUCACCCCCCAAGUUCACCUCCCAGGACUCACCAGAUGGCCAAUACGAGAACAGUGAGGGAGGCUGGAUGGAGGAUUACGACUAUGUCCACCUGCAGGGGAAGGAAGAGUUUGAGAAGACCCAGAAGGAGCUGCUGGAGAAGGGCAACAUCAUGCGGCAGGGGAAGGGCCAGCUGGAGCUGCAGCAGAUGAAGCAGUUUGAACGGCUGGAGCAGGAGGUAUCACGGCCCAUAGACCACGACCUGGCCAACUGGACGCCAGCCCAGCCCCUGGCCCCGGGGCGGACAGGCGGCCUGGGGCCCUCAGACCGGCAGCUGCUGCUCUUCUACCUGGAGCAGUGCGAGGCGAACCUGACCACACUGACCAACGCGGUGGACGCCUUCUUCACCGCCGUGGCCACCAACCAGCCACCCAAGAUCUUCGUGGCACACAGCAAGUUCGUCAUCCUCAGUGCCCACAAGCUGGUGUUCAUCGGGGACACACUGUCACGGCAGGCCAAGGCGGCUGACGUGCGCAGCCAGGUGACCCAUUACAGCAACCUGCUGUGCGACCUCCUGCGCGGCAUCGUGGCCACCACCAAGGCCGCCGCCCUACAGUACCCAUCUCCUGCCGCCGCCCAGGACAUGGUGGACAGGGUCAAGGAGCUGGGCCACAGCACCCAGCAGUUCCGCCGGGUCCUGGGCCAGCUAGCAGCCGCCUGAGAGCUGUCACCUAGAGGGACAGAGGGCAGGGGAGGUGGGCAGCGAUGGCCCCCAGAGAGCCGUCAUGCCUCGGCCAUGGGGACAGGUGACCCCAGCUCCACCCGGGCCUGGUGCCCCAGACUGUCAGGGAUUUGUAUAUAUUUAUGACGGGGCAGGAUGUGGGAUGGUGCCUCCUCAGAGGAGCCUGAGCAGAGCUGGGCCCUGGUGCCGAGGCCAGGAGCAGGCUGGUGAUUUUUCCUGAGUACACAGCUGUCCUGCGGGCCCAACACUCAGGCCGGGCCAGGGACUUGCAGGCCCCUUGGCCCACGUGGCCUCAGGUGACCCUGUGGGCUGACCCAGCCCAGUAAGGGUGCCGGUGGCCCCUCCACAGGGAAAGCGCAACUGUGGCAUGUUCCCUCUGCACCAGGAGAAAACCCUAAAAAACUAUUUUUCAUUAUUGAUUUUCCAAUCAUUUGACUAAUAGUCUACAUUUAAAUAAAAUUUCAAAACCGAGAA